UUUAAACAGCUGAAUUAGUCUGUCUUGUGACCUUGACAUUGUACACUUUCAUAAAAAUUUCAUGCACGAUGUCGGCGGUAACAAGAUUAUUUCUGUCGUCAACACGUCCCACUGGUGCACUCAAAUUCAUAAGGGCUACAUUUGCUACUCAGCCAGGGAGCAAAGAACACAUCGAAAGUCUUAUAAAAGACAAAAAACUGGUAGUAUUUAUGAAGGGCACCCCUGACGCUCCACAGUGCGGGUUCAGUAAUGCGGUUGUUCAGAUUUUAAGAUUCCAUGGCGUGAACGAAUUUGAUUCAUAUAACGUUUUACAGGAUGAAAAUGUCAGACAAGGCAUCAAAGACUACAGUAAUUGGCCCACCAUCCCACAAGUUUACAUUAAUGGAGAAUUCAUAGGAGGCACGGAUAUCAUGAUUGAAAUGCAUAAAAAUGGAGAGCUGAUUGAAGAGCUUGAAAAAAUUGGUAUUCGCUCAGAUUUAUUAGACAAUCCAGACAAACAGGCAUGAUACAUGUAGUCUGAAGCAGUGAUGGAUUGGAAGGAUGCUGUUACACAUUGUCUGGGGGACUUUAAUCCAGGUUUUCACCCCAGAGGAGGAUUAUAAUCCAUACAAACAACAUGGCAUGCAUUAGGAAUGACAAAUCUGAAAAAGAGAGAGAUAUUUGACUUGUUUUUGAACAAGUGUAAGAGAGGAUUGGUUUCUCACCCACAGAUUUUAAUUUAAUAAAAAAGGAGUAUGUCUGAACACUGAACAUAAUUAUUGAAACAAUAAAAUAGAACAAUCUGCAAAGAUUAUGUAAUCCAAUACUCACAGCAAAGACACCUGGAUAGCCUGAACAGCAUUGUUUAAUAGUAAUUAUGUGUUAGUAUUGUUACUCUUAUUUGUUCCUUAUAUAUUUUAUUUUAUUAAGACGGCAUAGACAAACUGAAGUAGCACAAGUGUACUAACAAACAAAUGCAUGUUAUUAAUCUCAUUUUAAUGCCAAUAUGGUGUUUAUAGAUUAAAAUGAAAUUGCAUUUUAAAAAGCACAUUAUAUAAAUUCCAUUUUUGUAAGGCUUCAUAACUUGGGAGGUUUUAUGGUUUAAAAAAAAACAGGGUUAAGGAUUUUCAAGGAAACAUAUGAAGUAAAUGCGCUUUAGUUAAAAA